AUGUUUCUGAUCCAAGCUACCUGAUGAUGGCAGUAAUGCACUGUUAAGUGCGGUUGCCAGUAAAAGAAAGAGGAAGAAGAAGAAGAGAGAGGUUGGAAGCAGGGAGUAGCAGGACUUAAGGUCACUACAAGCUCUUCAUCCAGUCAACAACCGGAUAGAACCAAGACCCCGCCCUUCCUUUUUGCUUUUUCGAUUAUCUGUUGCACUUUGGAUGUACAGCACAAUACAAAAGAAAGAUCUUUCACUACUUCCGUCUCUUUGUGACUUUAAUGUACGUUCAUGGUCUUACUUCAUGGAAGAAUUUAUAUGUUUUGUCUCUCUCCUCUGUUCACCUCUUUUGUUUUCCCGAAAACACUGAUUAGGCCUGGAUUUGGUGGCCGGAAGGAAGGAGCAGCGUGGCAUCCCUCUCCUCCUCUCAUGUCCCCUCCCUGUGUGUCCUUGCAUGUCAGUGUCCCCUCGUCAUCCCCCCUGUGUCUCACCCCACCAGCCCACUGUGUUCCUCCCCCUCAUGCUUGGGACAGACUGGCCUCACUGUCAGACCAAUGACUGCCUGGAUAAUACUGCCUGUCAGCCUGGCUGCCUUCUCUAUCACUGGGAUAUGGAUAGUAUAUGCUAUGGCUGUAAUGAACCACCAUGUUUGUCCUGUUGAAAACUGGUCGUACAAUGUGACAUGCACAGAGGAAACAGCCAAGCCGGGCUUCCCAAAAACAUGCUGCACCAUUCAAGACAUCCCCCUCAUCAGUAAGUGUGGAUCUUACCCUCCCGAGAGCUGUCUUUUCAGUCUCGUUGGUAAUGUGGGAGCUUUCAUGGUGGUGUUGGUGUGUCUGCUACGGUAUGCUCAGAUCAUUGAGCACAGGAACCACUGUUGGCUCAACACCAGUGGACUUGUGUCUGGAUGCACCAAUGCUGUGGGACUGGUCAUGGUGGGCAACUUCCAGGUGGACCACGCUAAAACACUUCACUAUGUAGGUGCGGGUGCUGCCUUCCCAGCAGGCAUUCUGUUCGUGUGUUUGCAGUGUUUGCUGACCUACCGGGUGGCUGUCACCGCUCUGGACUACUGGAUGGCUCAUGUGCGUGUGGCACUGGCUACUGGUGCUCUCAUCACACUGGUUCUCAGUGGGAUAUUCUUCAUCCACGAGAGCUUUGUCUUACAACACGCAGCGGCCAUCUGUGAGUGGGUCUUCACUGUAGUCAUCCUCGUGUUCUACGGGACUUUCACCUAUGAGUUUGGCACCGUCACAACUGAGACCAUGUUGGCCGGCCUCCAGCGGAACCUCUCGCACGGGCCUGGCGUCAUGAUCGGAGACGACAUCCAAGCAGACUCCCUAGGAGGCACCACCACAAAGGGUUUGAAAUCUCCAGGUGGAAGCAGCACCUCCACCCAUCUGAACUGCACUCCUGAGAACAUCGCAAUGCUUUAAACACAGUCACAAACUGCCAGGUGGAAAGCCUCACAAUGGUGCACCCUACAUUUAAGACCGCACUUGAGCUGAGAUUAAAGUGAUUUAGAGGAACUGUCCAGUCUGAUUCGAGGCAGGUUAAGAGUUGAACGGGUUUACAGGUGUGACUGUUGUAUACAACCAUUUCCGAUUUAAAGUUACGUCUGAUAAAUUUCUUUUUUUCGUCCUGUUUUGCCUUGCGAUAAGCUUCUGUUGGGUUGUUUGUGGUUGAAAAGGACAGAAUGGGCUGGAUUUGAGAUCCAUUUUAAGGUUGUUGUUAGCACAUAUCCAAUGGUUUGUGAGGUCACUUUGCUGUUGCUUGAACUGUUACACUGGGCGAUGGGGGCAAUUUUUACUGUCACGUUUGCACAAAUGUUUCAGGGGUAUCUCUUUUAGAGCUUGUUACUGUUUGCCCACAAGUACUGUUGCAAAUGGAUGAUUUGCAGGUAACACAAUGAAUGAACUUGUAGAUUUAAGUUCUUUUCACUUUUAUUUGGGAUUGCAGACUAUCAGGAUCCGAGUAUUCUAUCAUUUUUGAAAUGUGAAUGUCUAAAAUAUGGAUUGAACUAUAGCCUUUGAGCACCUAUUAUUUUGGAAUAAGAAGAAAAAUACAUUAUAAUUGAAAUCUAAUUUAUAAUAUUAAGUCUCAUUCACCCAUUUUUUGUAAUGGUGGCCUUUUUAAUGAUGCAGUGGGUAAGAUAAAUGUUUUGUCAUGCUGGCUUGCUUCUGUCCUGUUUCAUUCUUGUUUUUAUUCCCUGACAAGGUGGGUUUUGUUUUAUUAUUUCGAGCAGGAGGAAGUGAUGUAAGGUGACACAAGCUCUAACCUUGCCCUUCUUGUCAGUUGAUAAGUUGUAGAAUAAUAAGUUGUAGAAUAAGUAUAUUCACAUUGACUGUACCUGUAACUUUUUAUAUAUUUUUUUUUAAAUCAAAUUUCUUUUUUUUUUCUGUCAAGGGCCAUAAAAACCACUCCAAAAUGCCACAUCCAUUCAGCGUUUUACAUUGUUAUUUUACUUGCAUAUCUUUGUUGAUUGUUUUGUGUAGUUUCGUGAUAUUAUUUACGUAAUCAGCACAUCAGUUUUUUUUUCUCUGUUGCCAAAGGAUGCAUUUAAUUUAGCUAAAUAUGUACUGUAUG